ACUUGCUUUUCUCUGCUUCAGAGUUUCCGUUCGAUCAAACUGCGCCCUCUCUUCUCGCUGUCCCCGUCUUUGCCGUCAACGCCCACCGCCCGAGCGCCUCCCAUCCCUUCACCCUCGCUGCCGGAGCCGCUUAUCCUCCACCCCUCCUCCCUUCACCCUGGCCAUCUGAGCUCACAGUAUCGACAGAUCUAGGGAGGGGCAGGCGGGCAGUGGCGCAAGACCAAAUUCCUCCAUCUCUCCUCAUCGUUGACUGCAAGAAGGCCUGGCUAUAUUUCCAGGAGAAUGGAGGACGAAGAUGUGCUGAAGCGUAUACUUGACGGAGCCGAGGACCCGAAGGAUCUUCCAUUAGCACUGUUGCAGAAAAUCACGGGAAAUUUCUCCAGUGACAGAAUAAUUGGCAAGGGAGCAUUUGGAGAGGUUUACAGGGGUGUACUUGGAGAACGGAUUGUUGCUGUGAAAAAGAUCCAUAUAAGUGUACACACAAUUGAUGACAAACUAUUUCGUCGUGAGCUUACCAGUCUGAUGAAGAUUAGUCAUGAAAAUGUAAUCCGCUUUCUUGGGUUCUGUUCUCAUGAAUAUCAAAAACUAAUAAAACAGGAUGGGUCAGGAAAAUUGAUCUUGGCCAGCGUAUUAGAAAGAUUGCUCUGCCUCGAGUACAUCAGCAACGGAAGCCUUGAUAAACAUAUUACCGAUGAAUUGAGAGGACUUGACUGGGAAACACGUUAUGAAAUAAUCAUCGGUAUUUGCGAGGGCCUGCGUUAUCUUCACGGGGAAAAGAUUAUUCAUAUGGAUCUUAAACCGGCAAACAUAUUAUUACAUAAUCAAGAUGACAAAUAUAUUCCCAAAAUCACGGAUUUCGGUUUGUCAAGACCAAAUGAAAACUCGCACACUGUCGGUAAAUGUUAUGGCACAGAAGGAUAUUUGGCUCCAGAAUACAGGGACCAUAGCGAAACUACACUCGCAUGUGAUAUAUAUAGUUUGGGUGCCAUAAUCAUACAAUUAGUAACAGGGUGUACGGAUAUCCCUAACGAACAUAAGGUACUUCGAAGGUGGAGACACAGGUGGAAUAAGCCACCGACGCAACUACAAUACCAGCAAAUAACUAGAUGCAUCGACAUAGCGGGACGCUGCAGGGAACAAACACAGAAAUAUAGACCCACAAUAUCAAAUAUAAUCCUCUUUCUGGAACAAUCAGAAAGCAUACAUGGCCAGAUAAGUCCUCACUUCAGUGAAGAUGACAUGCUAGGGAUUAAGCCACUCGAACUGCUGCUACCUUCUGAGCUGAAGAACAAGACAUCACGCUCAGUUGAGCUGACCAAUGGCACCCGUAAUUGCAUUGCCUUCAACAUUGAACUGCCAAGCCUAAGGUACAUCGCACUACCAGAAAAAGGCAUUGUGCAACCAGAAGCGAAGUGCACUGUGAAGAUAACAGUGCAACCACGAGAUAACAGUGCAACCGGAAGCGAUGCCGACAAGUUCAUCGUGAAGAGUAUGAAAGUGAGCCAGGUUCUGAUGGAUGAAGAUAUCACACAACGCAUGUUCGAAGAGGCCGGUGAAGUUGUUGAUGACGUGAACCUGGUGGUUGCAUAUGAGCCUAUGAAGCCCCUGAAACUUUCGAGGGAAGACACCAACAUGUCAGCUGAGGAAGUCCCCAAGGCAAAGAAGAGAGAGAUUGUUGAGUUUGCUUCCGGAAAGGGCAAAAACAAACUUGGUAGCAGAGAAAAAGAAGAGACAGAUUCCAUGGACAUCAGUUCAAGAGUUCAAGGACAAUGUACCAAGCAAACAAAUCAGCACAAUUUUUACCCUCCACAAAGCUUUUCACGCAAUUAUCCUACAAACAUGAAAUACCUAGGGGGCGAGAGUGACCGAGCCGUGGAUGUUACAAGCGGGGCUAUGGGUAGCCUGCUCGACAAGCUGGGCAAGCUCGUCACAGAGGACUACAGUCUAGAUAUGAGCAUCAAGAGUGAUAUCGAGUCUUUAUCGGUAGAUCUGGUGAUGAUUCACCUAGACCUCCCCGAGCUGGAAAAUGUUGUCCGGGCCAAGUUUUUCAUUGACGAAGUGCGGGAGCUGUCAUAUAACACAGAGGAUAUGAUUGAUAGCUUCAUGGUGCACGUCGAUCCUGACUCCAGUAGCAGUGGCUUCAGAGAGAUUAUGCAUGAGAGUGUAGAGCUGUUGCAGAAUGGCACGCCGACUUACCAGCAGAUUGGUGAUGUGAUCAGAGACAUCAAGGGCAAAGUUCAGGCUGUGGCUGACAGGAAAAAUAAAUAUAUCAAAAAUGUUGUAGCCAAUGCAUCUAUCAAAGCUACAACUAACCUUCGGAUUUCAGCUAUAUACGAACAUAAAGAACGACUCAUUGGCAUCAAAGCGCCGAGAGAUGAGCUGAUAAGGCUACUUGAGGAGGAUGGUGAUGCAUCAAAGCAAAAUCUGAGGAUAAUCUCUAUCGUCGGAAUGGGAGGGUUGGGCAAGACCACACUUGUCAAGGCAGUGUAUGACAAGAUGAAAGCAUACUGUCCUAAAGCUUUUGUUUCAGUGGGUCAGAAUCCAGACGUGAAGACAGUUUUGAAAGACAUUCUCGAUAAAUUUGUAGAAUAUUUCAAAGCAGAGAACUUGGAUGUCGGGGAACUCAUAGAAAAAAUUAAAGAAAUUCUCAAGGAUAAGAGAUACUUCAUAGUAAUUGAUGAUAUAUGGGACUCCACGGCAUGGUAUUUUAUUAAUUAUGCAUUUCCAAGAAACAAACAUGGCAGUAGAGUGAUAACAACAACAAGGAACCAUGAUGUUGCUCUUGCCUGUUGCGAGAAUGCAAGCAAAUAUGUGUAUAGGAUCAAACCACUCAAUGACGAAGAGUCAAGAAGACUAUUCAUUAUAAGAGCAUUUGGUCCUGAAAUUUUGUUCCCUGAUACAGUUCGGAAACAAGAGAUUUCAAAAUAUAUUCUGAAAAAAUGUGGUGGUAUGCCACUUGCUAUUAAUAGCAUAGCAAGCCUUUUGGCUGGUGAGAAAGACACAACCUGGGAGUAUAUAUGGAAAUCUUUGCAUGCUCUGACCAAAGGAAUAACUGCUCUCGAAAAUAUGAAGAAAAUAUUGGAUCUUAGCUACACAUGUCUUCCUGGUGAUCUCAAGACAUGUCUCAUUUAUGUUUGCAUGUAUCCAGAGGAUCGCGAAAUAGAUAAAAAGGAUUUGUUGAGGCAAUGGGUAGCUGAAGGUUUCGUGACUAGAAAGGGUCUGCUAGAUGCAGAGGAUGUUGCUGAAAACAACUUCAAAGCGCUCAUCAACAUGUGUUUGAUUGAACCUGGGAAGAUAGACCGCUACAAUGAUGAAGUGUUGUCUUGCAGUGUACACGAUAUAAUUCUUGAGCUUAUAAGAUCUAAGUCAAGUGAAAUGAAUUUUAUUCAUGUAAUUGAUGGUUUGAAAGAUGUGUCAGGGCAGAUCCGUCGAGUCUCAGUCCAGCACAAUGAUAAAGAGGAUAGUAGAGUUCUUGAAACAAUCAAAGGGUCACUAUCACAUGCUCGCUCAGUCUUACUUUACCGAGGCUCACUUUGGGCUGACUUUCUGAAGUACAAGUAUGUCAGAGUUCUAUACCUUGAAAAUUGGAGUUAUCUAGAGGGCCUAGACCUCAACGGCAUCAGGUGGUUGUUUCUUCUAAGGUAUUUAAAAGUUCAAAAUCUUGGGUCAUCUGUGGUGAACCUACCUGAUCAAAUUGGAGGGCUACAACAAUUGGAGACAAUAGAUCUAGAAGGAAUACAAGAGAAAAAUUAUCCACCAGAUAUUGUUAGUUUGCCCUGGUUAAGGCAUCUCAGUUAUGGCAGACGUGGUAGUGUACUGCCUGACGGGAUCGACAGGUUGAAAUCAUUGCACACCCUAGAAGGUGUAUGUUUUCAUCGAAGUUCGGUAGACAAUAUCAAGGGCCUUGGUGAACUGAUCAACUUGAGAAAACUAGAGUUCAUUUCGUCUGAGCAUAAACUAUUGAAUAAAUCGUUCAAUAUGCGUAUGGUUGCGUUGCACUCUUCUAUCAGCAAGCUAUCUACCAGCCUCAGGAUCCUUACAGUGAGAACAGGGUUCAGACUGGAUGACUGGAACUGGAGUAGACUAGAUGCCUGUGGCUGGAGCAGUUCAAUGUUCCCUCGGGUGUCUAAUAUUCGGGAGCUCAAUCUAAGUUUCUGCAUUCUUCAAAGGUGCCCUGGGUGGAUUAGUCAGCUCGGCAACCUCUGCAAGUUUACUAUUUAUGUGCGUGAGGUGGCUGAUGGCAUCACUAUCGUUGCAGGGUUGCCUUCACUCGCCUACUACUCUGUUGUGAGUACUAAUCCAGGUGAAAAGGAAGAAAGUGUAGUCAUCCACAGCGGGAUAUUCCAAUCACUCAAGCACCUGCUUUUCGCCUGUCCAAAAACGUCACUUACAUUCGAAGUCGGGGCUAUGCCCAAGCUAGAGAAGCUUCAGAUAUGGUUCCGUUACCACAUGUCUCGCCGAUUCCUACCGGUUGGCGUCGGCCUCUUGCAAGCUGAAACCCUUAAAAAAAUCACUAUAGUUAUGUUUGAGGAUGACAUGGAGAAUAAAAGCUUCAAUUACCUUCGUUCAUUUGGCUAUAUCUCAUACCACAAAUGUAGGUUCGGGUCCAUGUUGACGAGAGCAUUUAAGUCGCAUUAUCCUGAUGCUGACAUCAAAAUUAUAUUUGAUGAUAAUGAACUCUAUGACGAUAACAAAUGUGAUGCUAUUCCUGAUAAUGAUGAAGACUCUUGUUGUAGUGAAGAUGAUGACGAGGUUGUUGAUUAUGAAGAUCAUGAUAGUGAAGAUGAUGACGAGGAUGUUGAUGAUGAAGAUUAUGAUAGUGAAUUCUUGAAAAAAAAGGAUUAUGAUAGUGAAGAUGAUGACGAGGAUGUUGAUGAUGAAGAUUAUGAUAGUGAAUUCUCGAAAAAAAAAGAUUAUGAUAGUGAAGAUGAAGAUGAAUAUUAUGAUUGUGAAGAAUAUGGCGGUGCUUCUCCGUAGGCAAAUGGAUCUCAAACUUCAGCAUCGAUCCACUGUGGCUACUGGCUACUAAUUGAGGCGCUGGACGAUUCUGGUAGGAUGAGCAUUAAUACUGACACGCCUCCAAUGGUAGACACGUCGGUCCAUCUUGCUGUGUUAUACACUAUAUAUAAAAGCUAAACAGUGUAGUGCAUCUCAUAUUGAUUUGGCUACUGUAGAUGAGUAAUUUUCGUUCCUUUUCA